AGACAGUGAUGGGGUGCCCAACCGAGCCAAGUCAGUGCCAGCUCUAGACCCUGGCAGGGGGUUAUUCCGGGCAAAAAGUCCCUCACCUGUUUCCCCUACGGAGUCAUUAACCCGGGUCAGGAGUCCCUCCCCACCUAAAUUCAGGAGUCCUGUUAAAGUGCCGGAGCCAAUGUCAAAGACGGGAGAGCAAUCUAAGAGCCCUGAAACACCAAAAGCUUCUCUAAGCCCAGAGCCAGAUACGAACAGUGAGCGAAAGCAAAAUGGCAUAAUGGGUAAAAGCGUGGUCAAUGGUACCGCCAACAGUAACGCCAGACUUCCAGCACCAACCAGCACCAACCAGAUGGAUGCUACAGAUGACCAGGGUCUGACUCGUAGGAAAGUAGUAAAAGUGGUUCGUAGCGUUGUCCGGAAGGUGCUGCCCACAGAAGAGGCCGAGACGACUGGGCGAACACAACCAGCGGACAAAUCUCCAGAAGCAGCCAAGCCUGCAGCUGAACCAGUUAAAGCAGCGCCUGCACCAGCUCCAGUGUCCAAGUCUAAAGCCCCCAUGAUGUCAGGGUUCUUGUUCAAACACGACGUCAUCAAAACAGAAGAAAAAGACGACAUUUCACGAGGAUUGAAGAACCUCAUGAUCCGAGGCAGAACACGGGAGCCCCGCCCGCGAGUACAGAAGGAGGAACGACCUGAAAGAAUAGAGUUGGAGAAGAAAAAUGAGAAGAUGGUAGAAAAGGUUGAGCAGGAAGAAACAAAGGAGGAGCACAAAGAGGAGAAGCCUACCACAAAACCACAGGAAGUCAAUCAGAAACUCACAAGUUCUGCUCCAGUUUUACAGAGGGUCAAAUCUCCCAUGGCUCCUGAAAUCCCAACCAAUAAGGCUUCGCCCCAACCAACAGCUCCGGCUUCUUCCAAAUCCACUCAUUCCAGACCUUCAUCUCUCCCUCCGGUUGUUGGCUUUAUCCCUGCCUCCAAGCCCUUACCCAUGUCUCCACCUCCUGGUUUCAUACCUAAACCUAAACCAGCUGCUGACACAAAACCCGCCCCAGCAAAUCCACCUUCUACCACCUCAGCUGCCCCAAAAUCUUCCCCCCUCUCUCCGACACCACGUUUCAUCCCAGCCCUUAAAACUCCUCAACUCGCAACUCCCGUGAGUCCUCCCCGUCCCACUCCUGGUCCACUGUCUCCCCCUCCGGGAGUCACUCGCAUUCAACAGCCUACUGUCAGUCAACAAGAGGGAUCAGUGGAAGAGGAUCCUGUGGCCCUCCUUCAGGCGUCUCAUGCUGCAGCUAAGCAGUCUCAGGUGAAGACAGAGGAGCAGAUCGCAGCUGAACAAGCCUGGUAUGGAUCAGAGAAAGUCUGGCUUGUCCACAAAGAUGGCUUCUCCCUGGCCACCGUGGUGAAGACGGAGGCCGGCGCCCUGCCAGAGGGCAAGGUCAAAAUCAAACUGGAGCAUGAUGGGACAGUACUGGAUGUGGAUGAAGACGACAUAGAAAAGGCCAACCCUCCAUCGUACGACCGAUCCGAGGACCUGGCCUCGCUGCUCUAUCUGAAUGAAUCCAGCGUGAUGAACUGUCUGAGGCAGCGCUACGGAGGCAACCUCAUUCACACCUACGCCGGACCCAACAUGGUGGUCAUCAACCCCCUCAGCACCCCCUCCAUGUACUCUGAGAAGGUGAUGCACAUGUUCAAAGGCUGCCGGCGCGAGGACUCGGCUCCUCAUAUCUACUCCGUGGCUCAGUCGGCGUACCGCAACCUGCUCACCACCCGGCAGGAUCAGUCCAUCGUGCUGCUGGGAAAGUCUGGCAGCGGCAAGACCACCAACUGCCAGCACCUGCUCCAGUAUCUGGUCUCCAUCGCCGGCAGCACGGGCAAAAUCUUCUCUGCUGAGAAGUGGCAGGCCGUCUACACCAUCCUGGAAGCUUUUGGCAACAGCUCCACCUCCAUGAACACUAACGCCAGCCACUUCUCCCACGUAGUGUCCCUCGACUUUGACCAGGCCGGGCAGGUGGCCUCCGCCUCCAUCCAGACGAUGCUGCUGGAGAAACUGAGGGUGAGCAGGCGACCCGAGGGAGAGUCCACCUUCAACAUCUUCUACUACAUGAUGGCUGGAGCUGACAGCACCCUGAGAACCGAGCUGCACUUUAACCACCUGGCCGAGAACAGCGCUUUUGGGAUCGUUCCACAGUCGAAGCCUGAGGACAAGCAGCGAGCCGCGCAGCAGUUCACCAAGCUGCAGGCAGCCAUGAAGGUGCUGGGCAUCUCCAGCGAAGAGCAGAAGGCCCUUUGGCUCAUCCUGGGGUCCAUUUACCACCUGGGGGCCGCAGGAGCCACUAAAGCGGGACGUCGGCAGUUUGCCCGUCACGAAUGGGCCCAGAAAGCGGCCUACCUGCUGGGCUGCACCUUGGAGGAGCUGUCCUCCUCCAUCUUUAAGCACCAGACCAAAGGACUGCAGCAUUCCACCUCGUUCAGGGGGGCGCAGGACGAGGCCGGCCAAGGUGACAGCUCAGGCUCUAAGGUCACAGCUCUGGAGUGUUUGGAGGCCAUGGCAUCAGGACUCUACUCGGAGCUCUUCACUCUCGUCAUCUCCCUCAUUAACAGAGCUCUGAAGUCCAGUCAGCACUCUCUGUGCUCCCUGCUGAUCGUGGACACCCCGGGUUUCCAGAACCCCCGCUUGGCUCAGCAGCAGCGGGGGGCCACCUUCGAGGAGCUCUGCCACAACUACACCCAGGAGCGGCUGCAGACCCUGUUCCACGAACGCACCUUCGUCCAGGAGCUGGAGAGAUACAAGGAGGAAAACAUAGAGCUUGCUUUAGAUGACAUAGAGUGCAGUACCUCGCAGUCUGUAGCAGCUAUUGACCAAGCCUCAACCCAAGCUCUGGUGCGCACUCUGGCCCGGACCGAUGAGGCUCGAGGCCUCUUGUGGCUGAUGGAGGAGGAGGCAGUUCAGCCUGGAGGUUCAGAGGAAACCAUGCUGGAGAGACUCUUCAGCUACUACGGCUCUGCACAGGGAGAAAACAAAGGGGCCAGUCUGCUGCUGCGAGGAGAGAAGCCCCACCUCUUCCUGCUCGGUCACAGCCACGGGACAAACUGGGUGGAGUACAAUGCUCAGGGCUGGCUGAGCCACGCCAAGCACAACCCUGCCGCCCAGAACGCUGCCACACUCCUGCAGGACUCCCAGAAGAAGAACAUCAGUGGGCUGUUCAUGGGCCGGGCCAGUGGGGCCACAGUGUUGUCAGGCUCCAUCGCCGGUCUGGAGGGCAGCUCUCAGCUCGCCCUGCGACGAGCCACCAGCAUGAGGAAAACCUUCACUACAGGUGUGGCCGCCGUCAAGAAGAAGAGCCUGUGUAUCCAGGUCAAACUCCAAGUGGAUGCUCUGAUAGACAUGGUGCGUCGCUCCAGGGUUCAUUUCGUCCACUGCCUGCUGCCCAAAGCAGAGGCAGUGGGUGGAGGUGGUGAGCCCCGAGUGACGCACGGAGAGAGCCCCGACUCAGGCCUUAUGACUUUGGACGUCGGUCUCCUGAGAGCUCAGCUCCGAGGAUCAAAGCUGCUGGAUGCACUUCGCAUCUACAGGCAAGGAUAUCCAGACCACAUGGUGUUCUCCGAGUUCCGCAGGCGCUUUGAUGUCCUGGCACCACACCUGACCAAGAAGCACGGCCGCCACUACAUUGUCACGGAUGAGAAGAGGGCAGUGGAGGAGCUGCUGGAGUCCCUGGAGCUGGAGAAGAGCAGCUACUACAUGGGGCUGAGCAGGGUGUUCUUCAGAGCAGGGACUCUGUCCAAGCUGGAGGAGCAGCGGGACGUGAAGACCAGGAGGAACAUCUCUCUGUUCCAGGCGGCCUGCAGGGGAUACCUGGCCAGACAGGCCUUCAAGAAGAGGAAGAUCCAGGACUUGGCCAUCCGCUGCAUCCAGAAGAACAUAAAGAAGAAUCGUGGCGUCAAAGGCUGGCCGUGGUGGAAGCUGUUCACCACCGUCAGACCUCUGAUCGAGGUGCAGCUCACUGAGGAACAGAUCCGCGGGAAGGACGAAGAGAUUCAGCAGCUGAAGCAGAAGCUGGAGAAGGUGGAGAAAGAGAGGAACGAGCUGAGACUCAACAGUGACCGUCUGGAGAGUCGGAUCACAGAGCUGUCAUCAGAGCUGGCUGAUGAGCGGAACACCGGGGAGUCGGCCUCCCAGCUGCUGGAGACCGAAACUUCUGAGAGACUCCGUCUGGAGAGAGACAUGAAGGAGCUGCAGGCCAAGUUCGACAGCAUGAAGAAGCAGAUGGAGUCCAUGGAGAUGGAGGUGAUGGAGGCUCGACUCAUCAGGGCCUCGGAGCUCAAUGGAGAGAUGGAUGAUGACGACACAGGAGGGGAGUGGAGGCUGAAGUACGAGCGAGCCAUCAGGGAGAUCGAGUUCACCAAGAAGAGACUGCAGCAGGAGUUUGACGACAAGCUGGAGGUGGAGCAGCAGAACAAACGGCAGCUGGAGAGGAGGAUCAGCGACCUGCAGGCCGAUAACGAGGAGUCCCAGAGAAACAUCCAGCAGCUGAAGAAGAAAACUCAACGACUGACGGCCGAACUGCAGGACACCAAACUUCACCUGGAGGGACAGCAGAGCCGCAACCACGACCUGGAGAAGAAGCAAAGAAAGUUUGACGGUGAGCUGAGUGCAGCCCAGGAGGAGGUGCAGAGGGAGAAGAGCCUGAGGGAGAAACUCGCCCGAGAGAAGGACAUGCUGACCGGAGAGGCCUUCAGCCUCCGGCAGCAGCUCGAGGACAAGGACCUGGAGGUGUGUGCAGUCAACCUGAAGCUGGACCAGCUGGAGGCUGAGCUGCAGGACCUCAACUCCCAGGAAUCCAAAGAUGAGGCAUCGCUGGCCAAGGUGAAGAAGCAGCUUCGCGACCUGGAGGCCAAGGUGAAGGACCAGGAGGAGGAGCUGGAUGAGCAGGCUGGCACCAUCCAGAUGUUAGAACAGGCCAAGCUGCGUCUGGAGAUGGAGAUGGAGCGUUUACGUCAAACCCAUUCCAAGGAGAUUGAGAGCAAAGACGACGAGGUGGAAGAGAUCAGACAGUCGUGCAGCAAGAAGCUGAAGCAAAUGGAAGUCCAGCUUGAGGAAGAGUACGAUGAGAAGCAGAAGGUGCUGAAGGAGAAGAGGGAGCUGGAGUCGAAGCUUCUGUCAGCUCAGGACAAGGUGAGAAGUGGCGACAUAGAGACCGAGAAGCGCUUGAGGAAGGACCUGAAGAGAACCAAGGCUCUGCUGGCCGACGCCCAGAUCAUGUUGGACCACAUCAAGAACAACGCACCGAGCAAGAGAGAGAUCGCCCAGCUCAAGAAUCAGCUGGAGGAGUCCGAGUUCACCUGUGCGGCUGCAGUUAAAGCUCGUAAGUCCAUGGAGGUGGAGAUCGAAGACCUGCACGUUCAGAUGGAGGACAUCUCCAAAACGAAGCAGGGGCUGGAGGAGCAGCUGAGUCGUCUGCAGAGAGAGAAGAACGACCUGCAGUCCAGGAUGGAGGAGGACCAGGAGGACCUGAACGAGCUGAUGAAGAAGCACAAGGCCGCUGUGGCCCAGUCAGCCCAGAACCUGGCCCAGAUCAGUGACCUGCAAGCCCAGCUGGAGGAGGCCCUCAAGGAGAAGCAGGAGGUUCAGGAGAAGCUGCAAGCCCUCCAGAGCCAGCUGGAGUUCCAGGAGCAGUCCAUGGUGGAGAAGUCCCUCGUCAGCCGGCAGGAGGCCAAGAUCCGCGAGAUGGAGACCAAGCUGGAGUUUGAGAAGACCCAGGUCAAACGCCUGGAGAGCCUCGUAGCUCGUCUCAAGGAGAACGUGGAGAAGCUGAUGGAGGAGCGAGAUCAGCGCAGCAGCAGCGAGAACCGAGAGAAGGAGCAGAACAAGCGUAUGCAGAGACAGAUCCGCGACGUCAAAGAGGAGAUGGGAGAACUGGCCAAAAAGGAAGCCGAGGCCAGCCGCAAGAAACACGAGCUGGAAAUGGACAUUGAAAGCUUAGAGGCUGCUAAUCAGAGCCUGCAGGCAGACCUCAAGCUGGCCUUCAAAAGGAUCGGAGACCUCCAGGCGGCCAUAGAGGAUGAGAUGGAGAGUGACGACAAUGAAGACCUCAUCAACAGUUUGCAAGACAUGGUGACAAAGUAUCAGAAAAGGAAGAACAGAACUCAGGGGGAUUCAGACACGGACUCUGAGGUGGAGGAUCGUGUGGAUGGGGUGAAGUCCUGGUUGUCCAAAAGCAAAGGUUCUGCAAAGAACCUCUCGGAUGACGGCAGUCUCAAGAGCUCCAGCCCCCCUGGUCGAAGACACUACUACUUCAGUAGAUCUGAUGAAGAGGAGGAGGAAGAAGAAAAAGAAGAAGGCGGGGCGACCCAGGGCUCUUACUCUCGAUACAGAAGCCAAAUGAAAGACGACGACGGCGGCGAGGACAGGCUUGACGAGACCACGUCGUAGUCCCUCGCUGUCGUCAACAUCCACCCUCUGAAACGCACCCUCACUCAACUGUGACAGUUUGCAUGCAGAGUUGAUCAGCUGGUCACAACCACACACCCUAAGCACACACACAGCUGCAAGGAAAUGCAGACGUUCACAUACUGUAGAUGUUCCUAACACUCAGAAAUCCUUACAGGAUUCGCUCACAGUUUGACGAACUCCACGGUCGUUAUGACUCCUCAUUCAUCAGUCUAACCUCACUGCACACACAGCAGCAUCUCUAUUAACGACAACACUCUGCUGGUUGCAUGCAAGCAGCAGUUGCUUGGUUUGAGCAGCCAUCCUGUUGAACUCCAGCAAUGGUUGUAACUGAGCCAAAGAACUUGAGGUUGCAAUUAUAGUAGAUUCUUUCCUUCCCUCUCUUUGUCUCUGUCACUCUUCCUCUCUUCUUUACAUAUAGUACACCACAAUAAUAUGUAUUGCCAUAGUACAAUGUAUUGCCAAAAAAGCCUUUGCUCUAAGUAUGUGUGCACACUGUUUUACUUAUUGCCAAUUGAUGCUGAAUCCUGGGAAAAGUUCCAGCUUUUUUUUCUGCUUCCUCUUUCCUUUUCGGGAUAAGUGCCAUUUGACUUAAGUGGGCUCCUUUACAGCUGGCUUCUCUGCAGCUGUGGCAUUUCAUGAACUGCUGCACCGUACACUGAAGAUACUCUCAUUAUCAUCUGCUUGCUUUUUGUUUGCCUGAAAAGUUUUCUGCCUUUCGCUGGCAAUUUAUCUCUUCCUUACAGGGGAAGAGGAUUGCAUCACUUACCGCUCCGCCAUGAAAGCGAAGCUCUUUUUUUUCCCUUUUUGUUAUUAAUGUUUGAUAGAUUUGUUUUGCUGUCAAGCAAAUUACUUUCCACGAGGUUUGAGCUUACCUCGGUGAAAUGCCUUGUCUUAUUUUUAUUUUGACUUGAUUUGACUACGUACUUGCUGGAAUUAGAGAUGAAGAGACUUGGGUUCUGUCCUUGUGCUUGUCGUAAACACGCCAUCUGUGUUUUGUUUUAAGUUUGAUGUGCUUUACUUUUCCAAAGGGAAUUUAUUUAACCUUGGGCACCAGUCAUUUGUUGGUUUCUCACUGAGCAUAUGGUUUCCUCAACCAGCACAUUAAAGAAAAAAGCUGGUGUUCUUCUGUAUUUUUCUUAUUGUGAACAAAUCACAUGGAAAGACUCGAGCUAAUCAUGAGUUUUCUUGCGAUGAAAAUAUUCUUAGCUUAAAGGUCAAUUUAUCAGGUUUUUCUCAGUAUUGAUUCCCACUGAUGGAUGCAAAUCCUUAAAUUAGUCUUAGAUAUAUGGUUUGAUUUAAAAAAAAAAAAAAAAAAAAAGUUCAGUAAUUCCCUGAAUUGCUGGUCACUGUAGGUUUUUAGCAAACUGGCAACAUGCUAUUGCUAUUAAUGACAACAGCUCAGCUAGCUUGUUGAUUAUUGGUUAUUAGUUAUUUAUAAGUCCAUCACUUAUUUCAAAAGAACAAAUUCAAACCAACACAUGAUUUGUACUGAUUAAAGGAGCUAUUUGUAAGUGUUGCUGUUUCUACAGAGCAAAUGUUAGCAUUGGCAGCGGUUUACUCACCAGUCUAAAGGAAAUGCUGCGAGUUCAGCAUCAAACUUCAUUUAUUUACUCACCAACAUCUGUGUCCAGAGGUGGAAGGAAACACCAAUGUUAACUCUUUUCUCUUUCACGUCUUUUCUUUCAUUGAAGUUAGCAUGCUAACCAGCUAGCCCUUGCCCAGAUUAGCACGUCUCGUCACCUUCUAUAGCUUCUCGCUGUAGCCGUCAAUGUGCCCUUAAGAUGUAGCACUACUCAGAGGACGUAUUAUAACCUCUUGUAUUAUAAAGACAACGAUGACUGAAGCUCUUGUCAAGAUACGAUCACCAACACCUGCUCCCGGCAAGAAACCACGUUCGGUGGCAGAGAAAACGUACAAAUAGCUCCUUUUAAUCGGAACACACCACAAGAGAAAAGCUAACAUUACCAUGUAAGACAGUUGCAUUUUACAAAGUCAGAAAACAUCCUGACUUAUCCAUGUUCAGUGUCAUGAUUAUUCAGCCAUAAUGGCGAGCUGGUUUCCUUCAUUUUGUGCUAGCAGAAAAACAACAUUAGCCAAGUUUACAGAUAAGCAGUAGAUCAGGGUGAGAGUGAAAGGCACAUCCUGAGAAUUAAGAAUCCAAACAGCUUAUUAUAGAUUGAAUAGUUCAUCUUGAAUCAUAAAUGACGGAUGCUUCUGUGUUGGACUCUCAGGACGAUUUGUUCCUGGUCUCUGGUGCAGAUUCGCAGAACGCAGCGAUUCCAUUAAAAUUAACUGAGAUUCCUUUGGAUUCACGUCUUUCCAUGGGUUUGGAUGAUAGUAAGAAAGAUCCAGAAUAUCACCUGACUUCUCCUUUAAAGCCUCAUUGGGUACUUUAACUGUAUCUUCAUUAACUGGACAUACUACAGCCUGUCUAAGCGAUACUGUGAAAUCAUGUUCAGCAGCUUUGAAGCCUUUUCAUCUGUCAGGUUUUCUUUGUGUUUUUUUAUUUUUAUUUUUUAACCCAGCGAUGCCUCUAAACAGCAAGAAAAUAGGAACCUGCAUUUUCAUGGUUGCUGAAGUGUUACAUCACACCCUUUGGUUGUCCGUCUGGUAUUUACUGAGUAGCAUUAAGAUAUGAUUGAAAGCCAUUUAAAGAGCGUGACAUGGCAUUUGGGGCUGAGAAAAAAAAAUUAGUCGAUGUUCAAUGUGGGAGAAGUUGGGUCUUCAUUUUUAUUCUCUAUGCAGUCGACACAAGUGUGGAAAUGUGUUUUUUUGAUUGACCCUGAUAAAGUGUCUGGCUUCAACAGGAGGAAACUAAAGAGCAGACAUGAUAUUGAUGACUGCACACAGUAUUUAUAUAUAAAUAUGUGUAUGAUUCAUGCUAGCUUUGGAAAUACUUCAUGUUUAUUUUCAUUAUUGAACAAAUUGACCACUUGGUAUAAAUUUUGCAUUACAGUUUAAUAUAUUGUAAAUAAAUGAUGGUGAUUGUUUUACAAUGCCUUGAAGACUG